UCCUUAUAAAUAGAGGGAUAGAGAGCAAGAAAUACAUAAGCACAAAUACACACACAUACACAUUCAGUGUGAGAAGAAAAUGGCCAGUUUUCUGAGGUUGUUUGCUGCUGUUUUCCUCAUGCUCAUGCUUGUUUUCUCCUCUGGAAUGGUGGCAGAGGCAAGGAUAUGCGAAUCAAAGAGCCACCGGUUCAGGGGAAUUUGCGUGAGAAAAGCCAAUUGCGCGGCGGUGUGCCAGACUGAGGGUUUCCACGGCGGCCGCUGCCGGGGCUUCCGCCGCCGGUGUUAUUGCACUAAGCACUGUUAAACCCUAGCUCUUUUUCCUUUAUGGAGAGUUAGAUCAAUAACAAUCAAUCACUACAACUCCAUGAGUGUAGUAAUUCAGUAAUAUUUCAAUAAGAAAGGACUUUCCCACACGUCAGUUGGGUGAAGUCUUUCCGUUAGUGGAUGGUGAUUCAUGUAAUUUCUGCUAUUUAUUGCAUGUCUGAGCGUUGUUUUUUGGUGGAAUUAAUAAGAGUUCAAGGACUUAUUUGCAA